CAGUAGGCACGGGAGUGUUCCACUUAGUGCGGACUACGGACCCGGAGUGCCUUGCAGUCUACCCUGCCACCGACCGUCGCGUACCCCGGGAGGCUAAGAUGAGAGUUCGGUAACGAGACACUCCACUAUGCGGCUGCUCAUUCCCUGUUCCCUGGUCUGUUGUCUGAUCUUGACAUUGACCCGAAGCGGAACCCUGGCUGUGAGGUUCGGAGAGGAAAACGGCGGACAUCCGGUUUAUGAUCACCUCAAGGCCUUUCCCAGACACACCCAGUACCCAGAAAAAGAAGUGGAUGGCCUAAAAAGUGAUCUAGGAAACCACGUAAAUUAUGAAAGAGUCCAGACUAUAGAUUCUCCCGAAUCGAAGGAAGAAGGGAAAGAAAAAGCUAUUCGUAACCAAAAAAAUGCUUCAAAACUCUCCAACUUUUUAAAUUUUAAAGAAGUACAAGGAAAGACUGAUGGAACCAAAGAAUCUGAAGAUGUUGUCAGAACGGCGGGAAAGAGCAGGUAUUUGGAAAGUCCUGUAGACUAUGAGGCAGCGGACUCCCGAGCAAGGUACUGGGACGAUCAGAGAGGCACACAUUGGCCAAACAGUGGAUGGGACAAACGCUACCCUGUCGGUGUGUUGUCCAACAGCCUCCAGCAGGAGAUGAUGCUCAUGGAGGUUCUUCAGGAGAAGGUCCGUGCCAACAAAACUGCUGAGGACUACAGAGGAUUCCACAACAAUCUCAUGGAAAUGCUUGGUAAAAUGAUUCCGCAAACAUGCUGGUACAACCAGAACAAGUUCGAUUGUGGGCUGAGCAUUAGCUGUGUGCUGGACGGUGGCAAGCCGCUGGAUCUCUGCAGUGGAGGCAUGAUCUGGAGCUGCUGCGUGUCCCGAGACAAGCUUCAGGUGCAUCACGAUCCCAAUAUGGGUGCCAUUGAGAAUGCCACUCUCAACUUCCUGAUGCAGCAUCAGCAGGAUGUGGGGAGUCUUCAGCAAGGUGCUGAGUCUCAGAACUUGCAGUAUUACAUCAACGGUAUCCCUACCCGACCACCCUUCACCUACUACCACCCCCCACCCGGUCCACCACCCUUCCGCCCUGCACCACCCUCCUUUUGGGGGCCCCCAUCCCGACCAACCCUAAUACAUGAUACCGGAUUCAGGGGUUGUGGAGAGUUGUAUACGAGGAGUCACCGCAUCGUAGGGGGCCACAACUCCAACUUUGGCACGCACCCUUGGCAGGCAGCUAUCAUCAAAACAGGGUUCCUGACCAAGAAACUAUCUUGUGGAGGAGCGCUCCUGAACAACCGCUGGGUGGUGACUGCCGCUCACUGCGUCGCUACGACCACCAAUUCAAACCUGAAGGUGCGGCUUGGAGAGUGGGACGUCAGGGAACAGUCGGAGAAAUUGAAUCAUGAGGAGUUUAACGUGGAACGAAAAGAGGUUCAUCCCCAGUACAGUGCAACAGACUUCAGGAACGAUGUGGCAUUGGUGAAGUUGGACCGCCCCGUGAUGUUCAAACAACACAUAAUCCCUGUGUGCCUUCCUGACACUACAGCUAAGCUGGUGGGCAAGACUGCCACCGUCGCAGGAUGGGGUCGAACCCGACACGGUGUAUCGACGGUGCCGACUGUACUGCAGGAGGUGGAUGUGGAGGUCAUCCCCAACGACAGGUGCCAGCGUUGGUUCAGAGCCGCCGGACGCCGGGAGACCAUCCACGACGUCUUCCUCUGUGCAGGUUUCAAAGAGGGCGGCAGAGACAGUUGCCAGGGGGACUCCGGAGGACCUCUGACCACCACCAUGGAUGGGCGGAAGGUCCUGAUCGGUUUGGUAUCCUGGGGCAUCGGCUGCGGGAGAGAACAUCUUCCUGGGGUCUACACCAAUAUUCAGAAAUUUGUUCCUUGGAUAGACAAAGCUAUGGUGUAGGUAUACUGCCUUACGCGUCUGUAUAUAAUAUUGUUUCAAAGCUGUAUUUAUUAUUGUUUUUUCUACGGAAGGAACACAAAGUAUAUACUUCAUGUAUUAUUUAUUGUAUUUAUGGACUUAGCAUUUGUUUUGCCAUUUAAGAAUGGCACAGAAGAUUUUAUACUCAAAGAUGAAAACCAAAUUGAUAUACAAUUUAAUUGUAUGACUUAUUAGGUUAAGUAAAUACAAGAAAACUCAAGUUUAAUCAUUGACCUCUUAGCAUAUUAGUAGUCUUAGUAUAGAGUAAUUGUAAUAUGAAUUAGGUAUAAGGUAAACAAUUUGUUUUCAACGUAUUUAUUGUAUUUCGCAGUGAAAAGUUUACUCUAAAUCAAAAUUAUCUUAUUACAUGUUCCGUUUAGUAUAAAGAUGAGAACUGCUACUUAAAUCAAAGCUAUUUUUAUAAAAAGUAUUCAGCUUUUCACGAAAACAAAUAUCUGUCUCACAACAUGUUAAAAGUUUUAUUUUUGUAGAAAAAAAAUGGAAACCAAUCUCGAUUUAUACCACAAAAUCACUACACAAAAUACUUUUUAAACGUAUGAAUUAUUUGCAAUUUAUUAGGAUAUGCUCAUUUUAACUAAUCGAAAAUAACGUAUUGUAUUUUAUUCUACAAAAUUUUACA